UAAACUACAAGGAUGUUUAGGUCACUUUGUACUAUUAUUUGACUAUAUAUAUAGGGCUCUACUCUGAGUUUGAGUAUUCUUUUUAACUCAUAUGUUUCUCUAGUGUUAUUAACCAUUAGGACUAAUUAAGAAAUGCUUCAUAUGGACAUUUUUAUACUUGGUUUUUGGAGAGGACAAUUAAUUAGGCUUGUAGUAAUCUAGUGGUCGUGUACAGCUCACCUACUUGGUUUUCACCAGGUUGGCAAUUAUGUCAUUGUACAUGAGUUGGCAGUGACUAGUCAACUAAUAUAGGUUUAUGUCCAGUUAGUAAGCUGCUUUUGUGUUGAGUUCGGUUAUAAAUCAACUUUGGAUACUUGGAGUUUACCAGUCAAAACCUAAAGGUUACUGUGUUGCAACUAAUUUGCAAGCUAUUCUACUGCUAGCUUUCGCACCACCCUCCACUACAAGAUUAGUUGUUCUGGUCUUCGUAAAAUGGUUUUUGUGGAGCAAAUAAAGAUGUUUUGCUUAUGAUGAGUUGUGUAUCUUCUUAAGCUGUGAGUGCUCGUGUUAUACAAACCUUACCUAGGAGAGUUAUUCGUGGGGAACUCUAGGUGGGAUUCCUUGGUUUUUUCUCAUUUUGUGCUUGGUUUUUAUGUAUCAGUAUAGCUCAAAUUACCAUUCUCCACCUACAGUUCAGAGCCCUUAAACUACUUUAUUUUCAGCUCCCAAAUUCCAACAAACCUAGAACAAAUCAACUCUUGCCCAUUCCUCCAUCCAAUGGUCCUUAUCCUCCAAAAGUUUCCUGUCCAGAAUUUCAUGUGUUAAAGUCCUGUAAAUCUGCAAACGGUCACUUUCUAAACCUUCAGUCCAUUGUCAUCCCUGAAGUCUGUCAACACCCUUCAAACAGUUGGAACCUUAAAUCCUCCUACUUCUCUUAACCUAAGCUCACAACAAAAACAAUGCUCUACAUUAAGAGGGAAGGUUCAAGGCUCAAGCUAAGCUUCAAUGGCAACAAAAUGUUGAAGUUCUCAUUUGUGUUACUCAGAGGAUUUGUAAGGCAUAUUCCAUAGACGCUUGCAGGAUGGUGUUUCAUCUAGUUUCUAGUGGUAAUGACAUGUUCUUCAAGCAUCUACAUGCAAGCACAACAAUUCGAUGUGACUAUCUUUUUUUUUUCCUGAUAUGUUGCUUCUUGAUUAUUGUAUUCUAUGUAUAAACUAUGUCUUUUUAUGGGAAAGUGUCGAAUGGUAGCAUAUGCUAUUUGUAGAAGUCUGUUGAAAUAUUUUAUAGGGAUAUAUAGUGCAUGCUUGGGAGAUGAUUUUUGAGGCAAGGUCAGCCUACUAAUUAUCCUUUAGUACAAAGAUUAUAAAUAAAUGCAUUACAAGGGAGGAGCUCAGUUUUUCUAUUAUUGUUAUAAUUUUUUUGGGUUCAAUGAUUACUGCUACAGUAUGUUAGGCACAUGCCAGCCUAGUAAUACAAAGGAAGAUUUUAUUUGGCUGCCACUAAAGUUAGAUGAGGUGUACAAGCAUAUAUUUGCGUAUGAGUGAAACACAUAGCUAAUGAUCUAAAAGAAAAACAUAUAGAGCAGAGAGUAAUUAAAUGCAUGAGCCAUUAUUGUGUAUUUAACUUUCUACAUUUAAAGUUUGAUGGCAUUGUUUGGCUCAGAAUUCAUAUGGUUUUAUUUGAUUAGCCACUCUUAUAGGAUUGUUACCAUUCUUUAGCCAGUUUAUGGGAAAACAUUUUGGGUAGGAAAUUAGUUUCACAGUGGAAUAUCUUUUAAUGGUUUCCAUGUCAUUUGAGAAGAACUUUUUGAUCCUAUUGAUUCAUUUUGAAAGAGAUAAUAUAUCUGGUCUUUUUUUAAAGAUCUUGCAAAGAGCUCAGAUUAAUCCGGUAAAAUGUUAUUCAUUGCUAGAAUAGAUUAUUUCGGGUGUUGAAUAUUGCCACCUCCACAUGGUAGUUCACCGAGACCUCAAGCUUGAGAACUUACUUUUGGAUUCCAAAUGCAAUGUCAAAAUUGUUGACUUUGGAUUCAGUAAUUUUAUGCGUGAUGGUCAUUUUCUCAAAACAAGCUGCGGAAGUCCAAGUUAUGCUGCUCCUGAGGUUAUAUCUGGACAACUUUAUGCUGGUCCUGAGGUUGAUGUUUGGAGCUGUGGGGUUAUCUUAUAUACUCUUCUAUGUGGAAGGUUUCCUUUUGGUGACGAUGAUUUUCCUAGCAUAUACGCAAAGAUAAAGAAGGGAAUAUAUGCACCCCCAAAUCAUUUGUCUGAUGGUGCACGCGAUUUGAUUGCCUGUAUACUUGUUGUUGAUCCUAUAAAACGCAUAUCGAUUCCUGAAAUACGUCAACAUCCUUGGUUUCAACCCCAUCUUCCACCAUACAUUGCUGACCUCACAAUCAAUGCCUUAUACAGUUCAAAAAUGCCACGUCAGGGCAUGGAUUGUCCUGAGAUAUAUUUGAGAUCACCUGAUCCUGCUCAAGGAAAGUGGACACUGGGUUUUAAGUCUCGAGCAUCUCCACAUGAAACGAUGAUGGGUGUUCUGAAGGUUUUUUACAGCCUGAAUGUUCGAUGGAAGAAGAUAGGACAUUGCAACAUGAAAUGUCUCUGGCUACCUCCAUUUGGUACCCAUUCCAGGGCCGAACUUAAUGAUAAUUCCACUGAAAUAAAACCGAUUGAUGGUCAUGAAGAAGAUCGGACAGGUGCUAGAUCACGUGAUCCGAUCAAGUUUGAAAUUCAGCUUUAUAAAGCAAGUGGAGAACGUUAUGCUAUUGAUUUGCAAAGGCUUCAUGGGCCUCCCUUUUUGUUUCUCGAAAUUUGUGCUGCAUUUUUUGCACUCGUAGUGGCAUAGCUUCGUUCAUGUGCGACAUGGAAUGCACUUUUGGCAUCUCGGGACUUUUUCUGACUAGCUGUUCUAUAAUUUCUGCUGGAACUCAGAUGGUUGUGGUCGACCUUGAAGAGUUCUGUAUUUGUUUCCUGUAUGUGACUGCAAGGUGGUCUUUGAGUGCUACACAAUGUAUAUUCCAGUGUCUUGUUCCCAUAUCAUGCAGCGUUGUGGUUGGAAAAUUAACAUACAUAAGAUGAGAUUGUAUGAUUUUUCAUUGAGUGGCUUACUUAUUAUUCGUCCAUUAUCAAUCUAGACUGUCAGCAAGUGGCAUG